CACCUCAACCAGGCUGGGGAGAUGGGCCAGGGGCUCUCAUAGCUGACGUUAGAGAGUGCCCUCAGCCCUGGGCCAAAUGUAACCCCGGGGGAUAGAGGGAGGGAGAGUUGGUCUUGGCUAGCAGCAGUAUCAGUAGCAGCGGUGUUCAGCUGGUUGGAAGGGAGAGAGGAUCGGAGAGGAACUCUAGGAGUGAAGACAGGGAGAGAGGGUCGGAGAGGAACUCUAGGAGCGAAGACGGGGAGAGAGGAUCGGAGAGGAACUCUAGGAGUGAAGACAGGGAGAGAGGGUCGGAGAGGAACUCUAGGAGUGAAGACAGGGGGAGAGGGUCGGAGAGGAACUCUAGGAGUGAAGACAGGGGGAGAGGGUCGGAGAGGAACUCUAGGAGCGAAGACAGGGAUAGAGGAUCGGAGAGGAACUCUAGGAGCGAAGACAGGAGUGUGUUGGUGUGUCCCGUAGUGUGGAACGGCCUUGUUGUGGCCAGCGGUGAGCUGGUCUGGUGUUUCCUGUCCAUUCAAGGGCAUUCCAUCUGCUGAGACCUGGACAGGAGAGAGAGCGGAGAGGAGCAACCAGCCACAUAGGCCUCACUGGGUUGGAGAGAGCGAGAGAGAGAGGGACGGGGGAGGAGGGAGAGACACAGAAGGAAGGAGGGUACGGGGAGCCACAUGGUCUCAGUCCCACAGAGAGCUACUCUUCUGGGGACAGUAGACUGACAAGCCACAGUAAUCUGCUACUACCAUGGGGGACUGGAAUCUGUUGGGGAAGUUGUUGGAGAAAGCUCAGGAACACAGCACCGUAGUGGGAAAGGUCUGGCUCACGGUCCUCUUCAUCUUUAGGAUCUUGGUCCUGAGCGCCGCAGCAGAGAAGGUGUGGGGGGACGAGCAGUCGGGGUUCACCUGUGACACCAAGCAGCCUGGAUGUGAGAACGUCUGUUAUGACAUCACCUUCCCCAUCUCUCACGUCCGCUUCUGGGUCCUCCAGAUCAUCUUUGUCUCCACGCCCACUCUCAUUUACCUGGGUCAUAUAUUACACCUGGUGAGGAUGGAGGAGAAACAGAAGCAGAGAGAGAAGGACGCAGAGCGGGCCGGGGAUAAACCACCCUUGCUGGAGACCAAGGCCUGUAAGGCCCCGGUGAGGGACGACAAGGGUAGGGUUCGACUGAAGGGGGAACUGCUCAGGACCUACGUGUUCAACGUCAUCUUCAAGACGCUGUUCGAGGUGGGCUUCAUCGUCAUGCAGUACCUGCUCUACGGCUUCCAGCUGCAGCCCAUGUACACCUGUGACCGCUCGCCCUGCCCCAACACAGUCAACUGUUACAUCUCCCGACCCACAGAGAAAACCAUCUUUAUCAUCUUCAUGCUAGUAGUGGCCAUUUUGUCUCUGUUCCUCAACCUGAUAGAGAUGUACCACCUGGGGUCCACUAAGUGUCGCCAGGGCAUCAAGUACCACCGGGAGGAUCUGAGCUCAGACUCCAAGGAGCCCAGCGAGGUGGACGAGGCAGUACCUUACGCUCCCAGCUACGACCCCUACCACGGAGGCCAGCCAGCCUACCAGGUCCAGUCGGCAUACCCUCCUGUCCCCAGCUACAACAUGUCCCCUCUAUCUGAGGAGACUGACUCCACCUACCAGCCCUACCACAACAAGGCAGCCUACAAGCAGAACAAGGACAACUUGGCGGUGGAGAGGAGUGGCAGCAAGCAGCCGGACGAGGAGGGGGACUUGAAAGGGAAGAAAGGCGGAGGAGAAACGUGGGGGGGAUCGGAGCCAGGUUCCCCAUCUCUAGCCCGGGCUGGACGCACCGCUGCUAAACACGGCAACAACAAGACCAGAAUAGACGAUCUGAAGAUCUGAGAGGGGCUUAGGUUGCUGUGACGAUGUCUCAGGUUCCUGCCGAGGGUCUUAUGUUGCUUGAAAAGCAUUCUUAGGGUUCUGUCCCAAAUGGCACCCUAUUCCCUAUAUAGUGCACUACCUUUGACCGAGGCCUGAGACAGUCCAGGGCUCCGGUCCAAAGUAGAUCACUAUAUAGGGAAUAGGGUGCCAUUUGGGACACAGAUGUGUCCAACAGACCCGAGGUCAUCCUGCCCCCCGGUGGCCUGGUGGCUGGCAGAGCUUUGACUCACUGGGGGGGAAUUGACAUUUGUAAGACACACAAAUAAACUUUGAACGUUACGUUUGUAAAACACGAUCUAUGAAGGACAAAUAAAUUGACUGUUACGUUUGUAAAAGACGAUCUAUGAAGGACAAAUGGGUUUCAUAAUAGAUGACGAACCGCGACGUCUUAAAAACUCUCUUAGAAAAACCUUCUGGUCCUGGUCUCUACGUGGAAUAGAAGGAUUACGUCCAUUAAAUACAACAACUAUUAUAUUGAACAUGUUUGUGCAUUUCAGACUCUGAAGAAUAAGAGGAUAUAUUCGACAUGUAGUUAUUGAACGUGUGUGUUGUGUUACUGACGCUAUAUUGGGGAAAAGGAUGUUAUUUAACAUUUGACCAAGUAAAAACAUGUUUGAAUCAA